GGGUUAUAUGCUUUCCAUGGUCUUGAUAUUCCCAACGGUAGCAAUGCGGUCUAAGAUCUAUCAUGUGCCUUGCAGGAUCUGAUCUGCUUUGCAGAAAGGGGUAUUCUCUCGUGCUUUUAUGGGGUCCGUUCUGCUCGUACGAAUCGCGCGAUACGUGGCGGCCGGCUUCGCAACAAAUGUCACAAUCGGCGUAAUGUUCGUGGGUAUUCUGCGUGGUAUAAGACACUGAAUGGGAAGCCAACCGUACAACGUCAAUACCCGAUGGGUAGGACCGUUGAAGCUGUUACCUCAAUAUGACAACGUCGCGGGUAUUACUGGAAAAUAUAGCGGUUAUUACACUGGCGAGGUGGGUAUAUGCGUCCGUUUCACAGGGAAAUGCGCAUGGAAUAUGGUGGGUGGGAACGAUACUCACUUGGACCGCCCAUGGUCAUGGAAGACAACGACAAGAAAAUGACAUGAUCACACUGGAAAGUAAAGCACCCUAACGGCUUUACUCGGACGCUCGGUUCGACUGGCUUCGAGAACGUUCUUCGACCAGUAUAAUGCAGUCAAGAGUACAAGUGUUUGCAGAGCCUCGACAACGACGAGGCAACGCGUCUCUACGAGCUAUACAUACCUUCUUAAUACAGCCUACUCCUUCGUAACAACCACCACAUACCUCUGAUACCAAGAUUACCAAUACCACGUUAUGCCGUUGAACUAUUCAAAGUGGGACAAUCUCGAGCUCUCAGAUGACUCUGAUAUUGAGGGACACCCAAAUGUUGACAAGAAGUCCUUGAUCAGACUUAAGCAGCGAACUAUUCACGAGCAACGAGAAGCUCGGAAACAUCGCAUCGCCCAGCUCAAAGCCGACAUUGCAUGUAAUGAAGUUCUCGAACCGAGGAUCAAACAAAUCACAGCAGCCGUUGAGGCGCAGGGUCCCACAUACUUCUCGCAACUCGUCGAUCGAUAUAGGAACAAUCCAUCACCAGAAGCACCUCCCACCAAUGCACCAGGACAAAAGACAUACGAUGAGAUGUUACUGUCGCUGUUGCUUCAAGUAUGGGACGACGCGAAGAAGGACGGUGCAGACAAGGAUGAUCCUAGGCUUCGUGAGAAGUUGGGGAAGGGAUUACAAAGGCAUGUAACGAUGAUGGCUGAACAUCAAGCGAGGCUCAAGUCGGAUUUGGCGAAGGAGGAAGCGGAGCAAAAGAAGAAGAUCACUAGCGAGGAUAUGCACGAUGCUUGGGAUUCACAUUAUGUCCCACCAAAACCCGCACCACCUCCAGUCAAAGGAGCUCACAUCGAAGCUCCCAAGAAGAAAGUCACCGAAUAUGAAGUUAUCAACCCUAAGGCCGUAUCAGCAGCCCCCGAGCCCGUUGCCUCAACUUCCGCCGCCGCCGACCUGUCUGAAGACGAAGAACUUCCUGAACUCACACCCACGCUGGAAGCCUUCUCAAAACUACCUCUCAAGGCGUACGAGAAAUCCUGGGAGUUCAUCAAGGGUCAUCGGGAUACGGUCGUCCCUGGUGCCUCUGAUGCACUUCUAGUGGCUGCAUUCAAGGCGCAGAGUGACGGCAAGUCAAAUUAUGCAAAACAAUGUGUACACCAGAGCUUGCUGUUGCAGUAUUGUGAGAAGCUGGGUAAAGACGGAGUUUCACUCUUCUUCCGCAAGAUGGUGACAGGCGACCCUCGAGCGACUAGUAUCUUUGAGAAGGAUGUCGUGGAUACUUACGCUCAUCUUAUCGAACGAGUCCGAAUCUCAAAGUCUCAAGAACAAGUCCCUGUCGAACAAAUCCAACUCGUACCCGAAAACCCAGAACAGAAGAUCACGUUCACUGUGCCUGAUGGACCCCCUCCCGAACACCUCCAACUCGAGGGCCCAGGAUUCGAGAACAUCACUGUAGAGGAAGUGAGAAAAGUACUCCAAAUGCGCUGGGACGUCUUCCAAAGCUUCAAGCCCGAGCUCCAGGAAGCUUUGAAGACUCAGGAUUUGGAUAAGGUGAACAAGGUGCUUGGCGGGAUGAAGGUGGAAGAUGCGGAGGAGGUUGUGAAGUUGCUUGACAUGGCAGGGAUCUUGAACUUCUCUGGAGGCAUUCGAGAUGAGACUGGCGGGGAUGAAGAGGGUGAGGAGGAAGAGGAGCAGGAAGGUGGCGAGGCGAGGGAUUAAGACAAUGUAAGGCUGACAUUUUGCUUGUGUCUUUUUUUGUGUAUCGUUAUCGCUGUCGUCGAUUCUGUAUUUGUAUGUCAUCGCGCAAUGAGUUAAUUGAAUCUGUAUCCUUUCCCCUCUGGAGUCCGGAUAUCUCAAAG